GGUGUAUGUCAUUUGUACUUUUUGAUAGUUAAUCUUUAUAUAACCUCUAUCAAUUUUUUUGCUGUAUUAAUAUCACUUUUUUUAAAUAAUUUCAUAACAUUAAUCUGCAACUUAAUUUUAUGUAUAUUUCUUGGUUUUCAUGUUUUUUUAAAUUUCUUCUAAUUUUAAUAUCAAAUCAUUUCAAUAAAGUACAAAUAAUGUCAGGAUUUACAUGUAACUAUUUUAACCUAACAUGAACACCACGAAAAUGUUCACUACUUUAAUUAAAACGUGUUCAAAAUUCAGUGCAUUAAAAUAUUGUAAUAAUAUUGUAACACAAAAAAGAUAUCAAAAACAUAAUAUAAGAAAUUUAGCUGUUAUCUAUGUUCGAUAUGAUUAUUUACAUACAACUCCUAUAAAUUUAGUCAAAAAAAGAACUAAGAUUGAAGAAAAAAUUCCAAAACAAACUAAAAAGAAAGGACCAGUGAUAAAUUUAUGGCAAUAUAUGGAAGUUAUUGAACUGGCAAAUAUUACACAAAGAGAUAUAAAUGAUAUUUUAACAGUUACAUCCAUUGUAGACAAUAAGAAGACAUAUUCCAUAGAAACGAAAUUUGAUGAUAUAAAAAUAUUAUGUAAUGUAGUACAAAUGUUAGGUUUUCGUUAUAAUAUUAUCUCAAGACCAGACAAGGUAGAAAAGGAUGAGGAAGAUCAUGAUAUAACUAAACGACCACCAGCGGAUGAAUCUAUAUUAAUAAAUCGACGUCCAGUGGUAACUAUUAUGGGACAUGUAGAUCAUGGAAAAACAACUUUAUUAGAUGCAUUAAGGAACACAUCAGUUGUAGAUACAGAAUUUGGUGGAAUUACUCAACAUAUCGGUGCUUUUAAUGUGGAAUUAAUUACUGGUGAAAAAAUAACAUUUCUGGAUACUCCUGGUCAUGCUGCUUUUACUUCCAUGAGAGAAAGAGGAGCACGAGUAACUGAUAUUAUAGUAUUGGUAGUAGCAGCUGAUGAUGGAGUAAUGGAACAAACUAUACAAAGCAUAAAUAUGGCAAAAUCAACAAAUGUACCGAUUAUUGUGGCCAUUAAUAAAAUUGAUAAACAUAAUGCUGACAUUAUAAGGACACAGAAGAUGUUACAACUAGAAGGUAUAAAUGUUGAACAACUUGGCGGUGAAGUUCAGUGUGUAAAUAUAUCUGCUUUAAAAAAAACCAAUUUGAAUGCAUUAAUAGAAGCAAUAGCACUACAGGCAGAAAUAGUAGGAUUGAAAGGUGAUCCCACAGGAUUAGUAGAAGGUGUAGUUAUCGAAUGUAGAAAUGAUAAAACUCGUGGGAAAUUGUCAACGGCUCUUAUUCAACGUGGAACCUUGAAAAAGAGUGCUAUACUCGUAAGUGGUACAUCAUGGGCAAAAGUAAGAUCUAUGUUCGAUCAUGCAGGAAAGCCUGUUAUACAAGCUAGUUUAUCUGAUGCAAUACAAAUUAUGGGUUGGAGAGAAUUGCCUAAUGUAGGUGAUGAGAUAUUAGAGGUAAAGAGUGAACAAGAAGCUCAUAUGGUUAUUAGAUAUAGACAGAAACAGAUAAAUGAUAUUAAAGCUGAAGAACAUAAAGAAGGUGCAGAGAAAAAAUUGCAGCAACAUCUAAUUGAAUAUAAAGAAAAAUUACAUAAAAAAAGAAUACUGGGAAGAAGACGUAUUUCCGAGCCUAAGAAAAAAGAAAGUAUACCAGAUCUUACUCCUGCAUUCAAUAUCAUAAUAAAAACAGAUGUUGCAGGAUCCGUAGAAGCUAUUUUAGACGUUAUUGGUACUUAUACUGAAGAUGAAAAAUGUCGUUUAAAUGUUGUACAUUAUGGUGUUGGUCCUGUUGCAGAGUCUGAUGUUGAAUUAGCAGCUACUUUUGAUGCUGUUAUUUAUCAAUUUAAUGUAAAUGUACCAAGCGAAAUACAAAAGAUGGCUAAAAUAAAGGAUAUUACUAUACGAUCUUGUAACGUCAUAUACAAACUAAUAGAUGAUAUCAAGAAUGAAAUUAAUAUGAAACUUCCAUUCGAAGAUCGUGAAGAAAUAAUUGGUCAAGCGGAAGUUCUGAAACAGUUUGACGUAACAGUAGAGAAGAAACGUGUCAGUAUUGCUGGUUGUCAGUGUGUUGAAGGUAUUCUUAAGAGAAACGGAAUAUAUCAUUUGAUACGAAAUGAAAAUGUUAUUUAUACCGGAAAAUUACUAUCACUGCGACAUCUAAAGAAUGAAGUAGACUCGAUUAAAAAUGGUACAGAAUGCGGCAUUAGAUUGGACAACAAUUCUAUAACAUUUCAACCAGGGGAUAAGAUAAUUUGUUUUAAACCGUACAAGGAAAAGCAAUCAAUCGAAUGGAAUGCUGGAUUCUAAGCAUAUUUUAAUGACUGUUCAAUUACGUUGAAAAUUGGCAAUACUAUAUAAGCAUUAAAUAAUACAAAUUAAAUAAUAAUAAAGAGAUAUACUUACGAUUCCUAAUUCCUCGUAUUUUCGAUUCUAUAAGGAAAAUUAAUGAGCAAUUUCAUUUAAAUAAUCGUACGAGAAAGGAAUCUAACUGUAUCCAAUUGAAAAGAGUUUACUCGUGAGUUACAUUAAAUCAAGGUGAGGAUAGAAAUCAUAUAGCCAAUACGAAAUGUAACCUGGAAAAUGAAUAGUGCAUUUCAAUGAUGAACCGAAUGAUAGAUAUUGAUGGUACCGAGACACGAUAUUACGAAGCAUAAGUUUCUCUAAAUCGACGCUGAAGAUGAUGAUACGCCGUUAAGACACCACGUUUCUUUUUUUGAAGGCGGCAGGGUGCCGAUUCUUGAUUGGCCUUCAUGAUUUUAAUAUCCAACGGUUCAAUAGGAAUAUCGUUGUUCGGAUGUACAAAGAAUGCGAUGGAAUGACGACCACGACCGCAAUGUUCCGGUACAACUACACGAUGUCUCAAAGCUGGAAAUUGAUCGUUGGUCCAUUUGGCCAAUAUGGUCCCUGUGUUAACCAAAAUAGCUCCAGGAAGAUGACCGACCCGUCUCCACUGAUCUCCACGCGGUGUUUGUAUUUCUAAGCCACCUUCGCAAUCCUAAAGAAUAAAAGAAAGAAGAAAACAAAUUCAGAGGUCUAUCCUAUUUCCUAAGCGAAUAAAAGAUAAUAAAGGUGAUACAGAAAAAA